UUUCACGUCUGGUCUCGUUGAUUACUUGUCGAAACCAGUCGAGACGAGACUGCAUUUUCAAGCCAAGCCAACAUAGCCAUUUUGGAUUUUAGCCAUUUUUAGAGAGCAACUUGUGAGCAAGCAUACCAAGCGGUCUUUGGCUUUUCGUUGCCUUUCAACGUCCGAUUUAGUUUGAUUCUUUAGGCAGAAAGACUCGAGAAAUUCUCCUCUGAUCUCGCUUACCUUUGGCAAAAUGGCAGACGAUCAGUCGUCAUUUGAGACGAGACCUGAAAAGACUAGGAAAAGAUCCAAAUCCAAGUCAUCUAAUGAUGGAUCCCCUGCAAAGGCGGCUCAUGGCAGCAAAAAACACAAGAUGCAGUCCAAGGUCGAGUUUCGGACGUCGACCCCUGAUAAAAAUUCAGGUCAAAAGAAGAAAAAAGGGACACGCUGCUCUCCGAGAGCUGCAAAGCCAAAAGUGGCUUGGUCUCCUGCAAGUGGUGACUCUCAGACCAGAGGAAAAAAAUCUGGAAACCCUGAUGUCUAUGGUGAUUUCUUGCUCUCCGUUUUGGAAGAAGGACAGGAGAAGCAGCAGGAACUUGAUAAGCCAAUAGAUCCAAUAGAUCAUACUUAUGACGAGGAUGCCAAGAUGCAAGAAGAGGGGGCGCCGGAGAACAAGGAAAACAGUUCUCCUGCUGUGGAAUUACCUUCGAAGGAAAUAGAAGGUGAAAUGGACAAGAUUGAAAAGGAGAAAGAAGUUUCUGCUGAAGAUAAGCAAAAACAGAAAGAGAGUGAGCGCAUGGAAGCUGAGAAGAGUCAGUCUGAGGUGGAAAAGAUCAAUGGUGCAGAUGUUCCUGCUACUAAAGCUGCUGAAGAAAUCAUGGAAACAUCAUCCAUCGUCAAUGCGCAAGAAGAGUCAAUUGAAGAGAAACUGAAGAAGUUUAAAAGAGAGGUAGAUCUGAGCAUUUUCGUGUCACCUGAGAGCAACCUGACUGUCGGAGAUGCUGUGGUGACCUUGGCUAAAAUCACCAAAACCUACAACCUGUCUCAAGAGUGCCAAACCGACAUCAUGAGUAUGUUUUCUUCAAUGAUCCCCAAGGGUCGGGUGUUCGGUAACACCAACAUGGUCGAAAAGGUCAGCGAGCUCUCUCCUGACCUUCCCAGGCCCGUUGCUGAGAGCUACUGCAGAAAUUGCAUUGUCUCGGUCGAGGAAGACACAGUUUGCUCCAGCUGCAAGGUCAGCGUUGCGUCUUUGGGGAAAUUGGCCAUCCAUGUGCAGAACAAUGUGGCCGAGUUGCUUCAGGUCAUGUUUGAGAAACACGACUUGGCCAAGAUGAUCCUCGAGUACAAGCAGAAGGAAAACCAACACAAAGAUGGCCCGAAACUGACUGACAUCUGCAACGGACAGCGCUACAAGUCUCUUCCUAGGACCUCUGACUUGGAUGUCUCCUUCAUCCACCACAUGUCUGCCACUCCUUGGUCCAAGGGCACCACCCUGCUGGCCAACUACCUGACCAUUGCUGAGCUGGAACCAUCCCUGAGGAAGGAACUGGUCAUUCUUGAGAGUUUGUGGCUCAUCCCGAGCCACAAUUGGAAGAAGCAGGAGCUCCUGGCGCCCUUCUGCGAGACCAUGCUGAACCUGAGCACCGGCGGAGUCAACUGGACAGACCCCAAAACAGGCCUGCAGAUGAAUACCAAGGCCUUCUUGUUGGUCUCGGUGGUGAACACGCCGCUCAGAGGCUUCAUGCAGAACGUCGGCCACUCUGAAAAGAAAGCAUCCUUUGCUUGCAACUACUGUGAGCAGCCCUUUGUCGGAGAGAGCAUCUUUGGCUUCUACUUUCCUUUCAAUGAUGACCAGAAGGCCUCUCUAAGGACCCACUGGAGUGUCCUCAAGUUGUCAUACGAGCAGAACAAUGCUGCCAAAAAUUUGAUUGCAGUCAAAAAAGAUAAGACACAAGACAAAAACAAAGGCAACAUAUACAAGAUAAAGGUGCCCAGUUACAAAGACAAAAAUGAAAGCAGUGGAUUAGACACAAGUGAUGAAGAACAGUCUGACAUUGACCAAGAUAGCUCAUCUGUUAUUUUGGAAUCACCAGUCAAGGAUGGGUGCUUCUCUGACGAGGAAAGCUUUCGCAUAGAAGAGGAUCUGCUGUCAUUCAAGGGAGUGCGUGGACACUGCCCUCUGGCUCACAUACCAUACUUCAACAUCGUGGACGGAUUCUCUCCAGAGUACAUGCAGAAUCUGCUCAACAGCCAUGUUCAGCUUGUGUUCAAAGAAACACUGGAGAGAAACCAGAGCAAGAAUAAAAUUGCUGGCAAUUGCCUGAUGGAGGUUGUUGCAAACAAGACUGAACAACUCACCAAAACUUGGGUCACAAAACCAGCUGCUGGCAAAGUCCUCGAGAAAAACAACCUCUUCAGCAUGGGAAAAUCUCUCAGAAAUUGGCUCCUCUAUGUGUGUCUGCCCUGCUUUCACGAGAUUCUUCCUGACGAAUAUUUUGCCAACUGGGUCCUGCUUGUCAAGGCUGUCUACAACCUGUUGAAGGAUGAGAUCACUGCUGAAGAUGUCCAGCAGUCUGAGAGGAUUCUCAUCGAGUACUGCAAAAAUUGUGAAGAAAUGUUCGGCCCGAGCUUCCUGAACCUUGAGACCCACAGUCUGCUGCAUUUGGCCAAGAAUAUGCAGCAGUCGGGACCUCUCUGGAGCUGCUCUGCCUUCACCUUCCAAGAUGCUCUCAAGUUUGUAGGUGAGAAGAAGAAAGGUCUGCUGCGUGCAGAUUUGAAAGAUGCUGUCACUGAGGUUGCUGACACUUUCAACCAGUUGCUGACCCUUGAGGCGUUCUGCAAAACUGCCAGUAAGAAAAAGAAGGUCCAUUUCUCCAGCAAGCCAAAGAAACUGGAUGAUUUUGAUCGUGACUUUUGCGAAGAGAUGAAAAGAACUUUCUGGGACGCAUUGGAUAAUGAGUGCCCUUUCUACACCAAGGGUGAGGUUCAGGGUGUCACUUACACCUCUGAGGAGUACUCGCAGGGCAUGACGACUGGCAUCAAAUACUUCCUGUACAAGGACAAGAAAAAAAGUGAGCUGAAAGCUGCCAAACUGCUGUACUUCUGCAAGGACCUGACAAACGCAAAGUGCUUCAUUGCUCUUCCUGUCUACCUAGACUCAAAGUUCACUAACAAAACUCACGGAGUAGAGAUUGAUCACAUCAAAUCAUUUUGGGAGUUCGAUGAACCAAUUCUAGGAUGUGCUGAAGACAUUGACCGACCCCUCCUGAUGGUCGGAGAGUAUUUGUGCAUCCCUCCAAAUGCCCACGAAUUCAAUUUGGACACAAUGUAAUGUAGUUGAUCAAAGACUUGAAUUUUGAUAAUCAUUUUAAAUUAAUUCUCACACAUUUUUGUAUAAAUUUGGUAUCAUUACCAAUAAAAACCAAAUA